AUGGCUGGAUUCCAGUUAAAUCUAAAGAGAAAUGUACAGUCGAAGCAAGACAAUACCAAGAAGCAAAAGAUAAGCAUUGGAUUAGGACCGAAUAGGACCAGUUCAAAAGUCCCCGGUAAGAGAACCAAUGCGAUUAACUCCUUUGAUGAUGGUUCUGAUGAUGAGCCCGCUGUGACAAAGAUAGAUGGCUUUGACAGUGGCAAGGGAGGUGCAAUUUCCGGAAGCAGCGCGAUCAGUCAAGCAAAGAAGCCUUUGAUUAUUACUCCUAAAAACUUGAACUUAGGGAUCAAGAAACAACAGGUUUAUACACCAAACAAGGAACAAAACGACGAGGAAACUUUAGCAGCUGAGCUUAAAGAGAAGGAGUCACGGUUACAGUAUGGAGUUACAAAGUUUGAUGCAAACACGGCUGGCUUAAACGAUAAAGACACAGUGGCAGAGGAAAGAACACAAUCGAAAGAGGACCAAAUUAGAAGCUCAAUUUUGAAAGGGGAGAAGCUUCAUGAGAAGAAAGGACUUGUCAUUCCCAUGAAUAACAGUAAAAAGGAAUCGGAUGAGGAAGCUACAGAUUUCGAUAAGGUACCCGUUGAGCAAUUUGGAGCAGCUAUGUUGAGAGGUAUGGGAUGGAAACCGAAAACUACUCCCAACAAGACAUCUGAAAAGACAUUGGAAAAAUCUCUAGAGCAUCGAAAGAAAGGCAUUUUAUUGGGCAUUGGAGCUAAGGCCGUGGAAGGGGAUUUAAUGGAGGAUAUUCACGGCAAGAAAGGUACAAAACUACUGGCACCAUUGAUAAGAAGAAUUAAGAACGGAGUAGAACUGAACGUGACUAAGGACCAAGCAGAUUACUCGGUAGCUACAAGUUGUCAAAAUAAAUAA